AUGGCUGAAGGGCCGUUGGACUUGUGGAUUGACUGGGCGAACCAGAUCGGGGUACUCUUAAGCCUCUUCUUCCAGGUCGUCCUCCAUCUCUUCGCCAACGUACGUCGGCGUAGUAGCUCGAUUUGGCUGAGGGUUCCUCUUUGGCUGGCUUACCAGCUGUCGGACAUGACCGCCACAUAUGCUGCCGGGCAGCUCCUCUACAGUAGCUGCGCACCGCAAGACCACCAGCUCAUUGCCUUCUGGGCGCCAUUCCUCUUGCUGCACCUUGGCGGUCCAGAUAACAUCACCGCCUAUGCAAUCGAAGAUAACAAACUCUGGGCGCGACACUUGCUGACCCUUGGGGUGCAGGUUCUGGGAGCCGGAUAUGUCCUCUACAAGUAUAUCACCGGCAGUGGUAUCUUUCUCACACUGGCCGCCAUCUUGAUAUUUGUCGUCGGUGUUACAAAGUAUGCCGAGAGGACAUAUGCGCUCUGGUUCGCAAACUUCAGCACCCUCCAGAGGUCUCUGAAGGUACUGGCACGCGACAAGCAUCGCAAAUAUUUUUACAUUGAGCAUCAAAAAUGGUGCAAGUGCAGUGACUUGGAGGAGGACGAGCUUGUCCUGCAGCGUGCUCAUUCCUUGUUUCAUAUCUGCAAGCGUGCGAUAGUUGAUUCGGUGAUCAUGACUGAGGAGGAUUCAGGGGUGGAUUCUGAGGAAAAGAAAAUAAUCGAGGGCCUUAGGAAAAAGCCGGUGUACAUGUGGAGGGUGAUGGAGAUGGAGCUCUCUCUUAUGUACGACAUCCUGUACACCAAGGCAAGCGUGACCCACUCUUGGGUUGGCUACUGCAUCCGUAUCAUCUCGCCGCUUGCAGUGGCCGCUUCACUCGUGUUGUUCCAGUUGAGCAGCAAAUAUGGUUACAGCCGAGUUGAUGUUGACAUCACAUACACCUUAUUGGGUGGCGCAUUGCUCUGCGCAAUGGGAGAUGGUGUCGGCUACGGCGUGCACUUCAUUCUCUUCGCAGGUCCUGGCCUGGCAAGAUGA